AUGAAAUUCUUUACUGUUGCUAUUUUAUUUUUCAUCGCUAAUACUCUUGCUGCUCCAGUUGCUGAAGCGAAUGCAAUUGCAGCUCCAGUUGCAAUUGCAAAUGCUGAGGCGGGCUGGAAAAAGAAGAAAAUGAUGAAGAAGCUUAUGUUUGGUCUUACUUGUGGUGGAAACGCUGGAACCACAACUACGACAACUACAACCACAGCUGGUUCUGGUGGUGCUGGUGGUGCUGGUGGUGCUGGAGGGGCUGGCGGAGCAGGUGGAGCAGGUGGUUCCGGUGGCUCUGGUAGCAGUGGAACUGGCUCUGGUGCCAAUGGAUCUACAAAUACCAAUGGAAACACUUCAGGUAAUAACAAUGCUAACACAAACGGCAAUAACAACCAAAACAACAACCAAAUUGUCAUUUAUGUUGUUCCUGGUGGAUAUCUAUCUCCUGGAUCCGAAAUUUCAGGAUCUGUUCCAUUUACUGGUACCGUUAUCAACGGUGUUUUGUAUGGAAACAGUCCUAACGGUGGAAGCCUUGGAAAUGUUGUUGUUAACAACAAUGGCCAGCUUCAAGUUGUUAAUGGAAGUUCUGGUUCAACGACUGCACCUACAUGGGUUGUUGAAAAUGGAAGCAUUGCACCAAGUGGCCAGCAGCAAGUUAUUUCUUGCCCUAACAGUUCCGGGGGCACUAUCUUGUAUUGCGGAACAACCUGCCCUAACGGUGAUACUGCCCAACAAGUCACUCUUUCUGCUGACCAUUCUCUUUCACCAAUCUAA